GAUGCCCAGUGAGGUCAGCGCGGCCUCCCCCGCUGCAUUUCACACCCCUGCAGAGCCCUAGCAAUAGCAAGCAUGGAAUACAGGGCGUUGGGCCGCACCGGUCUGAAGGUGUCCGUGCUGUCCUAUGGCGCGUGGAUAAGCAUGGGGUACCAAAUUGGCGUGCCAGAAGCGGCUGCAAUCGUCUCCAAGUGCGUAGAGCAUGGCGUGAACUUUUUCGACAACGCAGAGAUUUACAGCAACGGGCAAGCCGAGCAAAUAAUAGGGCAGGCGUUCAAGCAGUUGGGCCUGAAGCGCUCCGAAAUCGUAGUCAGCUCUAAAGUCUUCUUUGGCUCAGGCAGCAGCGCGCCCACCGCCAGGGGCCUCUCUCGGAAGCAUAUCGUGGAAGGAACCAAAGCCUCUCUGGAUCGCCUGGGCCUGGACUACCUGGAUCUGCUGUAUUGCCACAGACCCGACCCAGAGACGCCCAUAGAGGAAACUGUGCGCGCGAUGAACUGGGUGAUAGACCAGGGCUGGGCAUUCUACUGGGGCACCAGCGAGUGGAGUGCGGCGCAGAUUGAGGAGGCAUGGAAGGUGGCGGAUCGGCUGGACCUGAUUGGGCCAGCCAUGGAGCAGCCAGAGUACAAUCUGUUUCACCGGAAGCGUGUGGAGGAGGAGUAUGCGCCGCUCUACUCCAAGCAUGGUCUGGGCCUCACAACGUGGAGCCCCCUGGCCUCUGGCAUCCUCACAGGCAAGUACAGCGGCGGCACGGUGCCCGAUGGCAGCCGCAUGACUCUGGAGCGGUACAAGCACCUGGCGCAGAAGAAGCUGGUGGAGAAGCGGCGGCAGAUAGACCUGGUGGACGAGCUGAGGCCUGUGGCGGGCGAGCUGGGGUGCAGCCUGGCGCAGCUGGCGCUGGCGUGGUGCGUCAGGAACCCGCGCGUGUCCAGCGUCAUCACUGGAGCCACGAAGGUGUCGCAGGUGGAAGACAACAUGGGGGCGCUGCAGGUGAUUCCCAAGCUGACAGAGGAAGUUGUGGCGACCAUCGAAGCCAUCCUUGCGCAGCCCUGAGGAUGGGCGGCCUGGAGGUCCAGCAUUUCGGCCCCUCUUCUUCACUCUGUUGCACAGUAUGAUGGCAUUGAAAUCCAUGGCCUUUAGCAGGAAACAUGUAGCAUACUGGCCUGCCC